AUGGGGUUAUUUUUUGAUUCUUCGAAGCCAACCCUCUAUUUACCGUGCUUUACUCUUGUUGAUGCUCCUAAACUUGUCCCUUUACCUGGCAUAUCAUAUAAGGUAUCUUUUGAAAAGGUUUCAAUAACUCCAGUAUUAUCUGAGUACAAACGUAAUGAUGCAUUUAGAAGGAAUCCUUGUUUACGUGAGAUAAAGCCUAACAUUGCACAGAAUGAGGUGGUCGUAGACUCUUCUGUGGUCAAAUCAUGCAUAGAGUUCCACAGAAAGUAUGGCUCAAGGAAAGGGAAAGAUUCAGAUGACGAUGUUCCGAUGUAUAUUGUACUAUUGCCAUGUGAGGCAACAAAUAUAUCAGUUGGCGUUGCUUGCAAAAUAGUAUCUGUCGAGGUUGAAGAUGAUGUUGUCACUAUCACAUUUAAAUCUGUAGUAAGAGUGGAAAACACACAGCCGAUAUUGAAUAUGAAACAAAAGUUAUGGAAAUCUAUAGUUGUGGAGUUAGAUGAUCGUGUUGAACUACUGAGUUGGGAUCAAAAAGAAACCGAUGGAUUUAUCUCCACAUUUUUGAAGCUUUUCGAUGAUACAAAUAGGAUAUUAAAGGAAUUCAAAAUCAAAUAUUCCUUAGCUUCCAAGAAAUCAAGCGACGAAAGGUCCAGAAUGCUUUAUCUUUCUCCUCUUGCAAAUACACUCUACCUACAGCUAAAUCGAUCCCACUUUAAUAGGUCAUGGAAUCUUCUUAAGAUCUAUCUAGCGGAAGUUAAAACAGAAGAGAAUAUUCAUGACACAUGCUUUGAGCUAUCAUCAAUGAUGGACUUAAUGAUGAGCAUUCUACCAAUGACCUUAAAACAGAGGCUUGACUUUCUUGCAACCAAGAAACUAAAGGAAAGAUCAGCCCUAUUUUUCAAUUCGAUCCAAGAAUUGCAACAGUUAUUCCAGAAACUUGAUGAUGGAAUCGAGUAUAUAAACCAACACUUUUCAGAUUCACCAAAUAUUGAAAAAUCAAUUUUGAUUUCAAGUCAAUUGAGAGCAUUACGUUUCUACAUCGAUGAUAUCAAGAGAAGCAACUCAAGUCCAACGUUAAAACCGACGCCAAAGAAUGGAAUUCCUACCGGUCGAAAAGCAUCUUCCAAUUCUCCAGAAAGUAAACCAGAUGAUUUUGAUUCUGGAUCUGAUGCUAAAGAUGAGAUAGAACAGAUCAAGGGUUUUAUCAAUUCCCUCGAUAAGAAAGGGGUUCAUCCAGAUGGUAUAAAGCUUUUAAGGAAGGAUUUUAUGAGAUUUAGUAAAAUGACAGCGCAAAACGCCGAUUACCAGGUGUUACGAAAUUACUUUGAUAUUGUUAUGGAUAUUCCAUUUGGCAAAACGUUGAGCAGAGAAACGAUAGAUUUAAUGCAAUCUAAAGCCAAAUUGAAUUCAGAUCACUAUGGGUUGCAGUCCGUAAAAUACAGGUUAAUUGAAUAUCUCAGUGUUUUGAAACUAUCGGAACUGACGGAGGCAGUGAGCAAAGAACAGUUACAAAACUCGAGAAAGUUAAGGAAAUCUCCUAUAUUACUUCUAGUAGGACCACCUGGAGUUGGGAAAACCUCAAUUGCGAAGAGUGUUGCUGAUGUGUUGGGGCGUAAGUUUCAGAGGAUUUCCCUCGGAGGUAUUCAUAAUGAAGCAGAAAUCCGAGGCCACAGACGUACGUAUGUUGGUUCCAUGUGUGGAUUGAUCGUAAAUGCGCUAAGAAAGGCUGGCACAAUGAACCCAUUGAUUCUUUUGGAUGAGAUUGACAAAGUGACAAGCGGCGGAGUGGGUGGGUAUGGAAACAGGAUAAAUGGUGACCCAGGAUCGGCCUUGUUGGAAGUUUUGGACCCAGAACAAAAUUCCAGCUUUACAGACCAUUACGUUGGAUUCCCCAUCGAUCUUUCGCAGAUUCUCUUCUUCUGUACUGCAAACGAGCUAGAGGGCAUCAGCGAGCCGUUGUUGAACAGAAUGGAGGUGAUUGAAAUUCCUGGUUAUACGCCUGAGGAAAAGAUCAUGAUAGGAUCGAAGUUCUUACUUCCGAAACAGAUUAAAGCCAAUGGUCUAGAUGCUGUCAAGGGGAUACCAAAAUUAUGCUUGAGCUCAGAUGCCUGGAACAGUGUAGUACUUGAGUAUACACGGGAGCCCGGGGUACGUGGCUUGGAAAGAAAAUUGAGCGCAAUCGUUAGAGGCAAAGUAAUGGAGUACUUCACCAAUAAGGAGAUAAAGGGUGAGGUGAAAAAGGAAGACCUCUACAGGUACCUUGGACUUGCAAGACACCCGAUUUCCGAGGACAUUCUUGCGCCAACCGAGCACUCUGAGAGCUUUGGCAUCGUAAAUGGGCUAUCGUACAACUCUGACGGCACUGGGAGCGUACUAGUCUUCGAAGUUAUCAAAACCAAUUCAGACGACAUUGCUAACGGUUCCAAUGCCAGCGGCCCCCACAUCAAUACCACAGGAAAUUUGGGCAGCAUCCUAGAAGAAUCAAUAAGGCUUGCGACAAGUUUCGUAAGACAUAUCUUGCUUCGAGGACUAAUUCCCAUCCUCGACCAGAAGCAGAUCCAAGAAUUCUUGUCGUCAGAAUACCACCUCCAUGUGCCCAUGGGCGCAGUAUCCAAAGACGGACCCAGUGCCGGUGUCGCAAUCACUCUAGCAAUCCUAUCGUGCGCUUUGCAAAGGCCGGUCUCCCCAAAGAUAUGCAUGACAGGAGAAAUGACAUUACGAGGCAAAGUGCUUCCAAUAGGCGGUGUCAAGGAAAAGCUCUUGGGUGCACAAUUGUACAAUAUGCAACACGUUCUAAUCCCUGCAGGAAAUCGUUCCGACAUUGUCCAGGCUCUUGCAACGGAAAACGAGCAACAGUACAAAUUGUACAUGGAUACGACAUAUCCCGAACUACGUAUACUACACGAGAAGACCAACUUGCAAGUCCACUACUGCUCGGACUUUUUUGACGUUAUCAAGCACACGUGGCCCGAUAUAUUCAAACGCUCAUCCCUGAACGUAAGCAGUGCACGUAUGUAA